AUGGAGACUCCUCUUGAGAAGGCCCUGGCCACCAUGGUUACCACUUUCCACAAAUAUUCAGGGAGAGAGGGCAGCAAACUGACCCUGAGUAGGAGGGAACUAAAGGAGCUGAUUAAGAAGGAGCUGUGUCUUGGGGAGAAGAUGCAGGAGAGCAGCAUUGAUGACCUGAUGAAGAACCUGGACAAAAACAGCGACCAGGAGAUCGACUUCAAGGAGUACUCAGUGUUCCUGACCACUCUGUGCAUGGCGUACAAUGACUUCUUCCUGGAGGACAACAAAUGACCCGGCUCCCUCUGCCCUCACUAUCACCCCAUGUCCUCAGCCUCUGCAGCUCUGCUCACAGACCUCUUCAGACCCGACCCUCUUCCCAGAUGAACCCUGCUCCAGCUUCCCCUUCUAGCAGAGGAAAUAAAGAUUUUCCAUUCCA